UUAUGAUUUUGACAUUUUAUGAUCUCUGAUAUUUACAAAAUGCGUAUUGUGACUUAAAUUUUAAAUAAUUUACCUUCCAUUCUUUCGUUUAAGAUUGAACAUAUUGUGAUUCGUAACUUAUAUCAGUUUGCUUUAGCUUAUAUUAAAUAUGAAUGCCCCGCCAACCUUCGAAUCAUUCCUUUUAUACGAUGGAGAGAAAAAGGUUCAAAAAGAAGAAGACACUAAAGUCACAAAUGCUGCCAUAUUCACGGUUAACAAGGAAGACCAUACUCUUGGAAAUAUGAUCAGACAUCAAUUGCUGAAGGAUCCAAAGGUGCUGUUUGCAGGAUACAAGGUUCCUCAUCCCCUUGAGCAUAAAUUUGUAUUGCGCAUCCAAACAACAUCCGAUUACACUCCACAAGAUGCCUUUAUGAAUGCCAUCACAGAUCUUACAUCUGAGCUCUCUUUGUUUGAGGAAAGAUUCAAGGAAGCAAUUAAGGAGAAAAAAGAUGGAUUGGAUUAGAAAGAUUUAUAAUUAUGAGAAUUAGUUUUAAAUUAAUUUUUACUAAGGUUUAAUUCAAUAUAAAAUAAGGUUAAAAAGUUAA